UUCAAGGAGAUAAGUUUCGCGUACGAAAUUUUAUCCAAUCCAGAGCGGCGCCGUAGAUAUGACAUUGGUGGGCUAGACGCCAUCAAAGAAGGUGGAGGUGGAGGCGGAUUUGGUGGCGACCUGUUUUCUCAUAUAUUUGGUGACGAUGACGACUCACCUUUCAGCGGGUUCUUCGGGAUGGGUGGUGACGAACUCGGCGGAAGUUCAGAUACUGUGUACUGUGUAUCCCUUGAGUGUUACAUUGGAAGAAGUCUAUAUAUGGUAAAACAUCGAAGCUUCGAUUAUCAAAAGAAGGCGCUGUGCACGAAAUGCAAAGGAACUGGUGGAAAAACUGGGCAAUCUUACGAAUGUCACUCUUGUCGUGGUCGAGGAGUAAAGAAUCUUGUACAGCAAAUUGGUCCAGGAAUGGUUCAGCAAAUGCAAGUCAGAUGUAACGACUGUGGAGGGGAAGAAGAAUGA